AUGAAGUUUGUACAUAAUGCUACUGAUUUACCAACAAAAGAAGAAUAUGACUACAUAAUUAUAGGAGGUGGAACUGCGGGGUGUCCAUUAGCUACGACAUUAUCAUCAAAAUUCUCAGUCCUCCUUUUAGAAAGAGGCAGUGACCCCAACAAAUAUCCUUCUGUGUUGAAUGAACAAGGUCUGUUGAACGUUUUUGCUGCUGGAGAUGAUGGAAAAAAUCCCUUUCAACGUUUCGUCUCAGAGGACGGCAUAGAGAACAUAAGAGCACGAGUCCUUGGCGGUGGAAGCAUGGUCAAUGCUGGGUUCUAUUCAAGGGGACAUCAAGAGUUUUUCGCAAGUGCAGGUGUUGAUUGGAACAUGGAAUUGGUUGAGAAGGCUUAUGAAUGGGUUGAAGAAACUGUUGUAUCUCAACCAAUUUUGAAUGCUUGGCAAUCUGCUUUUAGAAGUUCUUUAUUGGAAGGUGGUGUUAUCCCUGAUAAUGGGUUUGAUUUAAGGCAUCUUGUGGGAACUAAAACUGGAGGUUCAAUUUUUGAUAAUAAAGGAAAUAGACAUGGAGCUGUGGAGCUUCUUAAUAAGGCUAAUCCCACAAAUAUUAAAGUUGCUACUGAAGCCACAGUUCAAAGAAUCCUCUUCUCUGGUUAG